CUCGAAUUGCUGACCACUGCUGACUACGCCGUCUACCAAGAGACCGGCGUCAUAUCCAGUAUUAUCCAACCUAGCUACGCGGAGCCGGCUCAGUCGUGUGAUAAACGUGGAGCACCUAGGUAGGUGCGUCCACACAUCCAUCCGACACGCUGGUGAACAAUGUGCCCGUGGACCCCGCGAAACGGAACACGACCAGCUCAAUAAAGUGUUGCGAAACAAUCCAGUGUCGUUUCACUACCGUGUUUUUCUACGGAUCUGUGCGAAAUUAAAAACUCGGAAGUCGCGUGUUAAACACCGAAGAAAUUGGUACCAAGGUGUUUUCAGGCAAUCUUUUGUUUAAUCAGACCGAAGAUACCGCUAAUCCUGGACCGUACCAUUCUCCGUUACCUUUGCUCCAAAUCUGACACUGACACUUUCUCGGAAUUCCACUUUUUCACAAAAGUACACCGGUAUCAAAAGAAAGGAAAUCAUCGAAGAGGAUGAGUCUUCGUUGGAUUCACGAAAACUUAGAAGCACCGACAUGCGACGAAGAAUGCAGCGACAUCGAUGAUAGUUGCAGCGACGACAGCUAUGAUUCCGAUCUAUCGAUCGGCGAGGAGAAAGGAACAGGAAACGAGAAAGAGAUCAAUGGGGAUCGCAGAUGGAAAAAGGAAAGCAGACGACACUCGACGGCUACAAUGAAGUUCGACGAGAAUGGAAAGUCACGUUACAUCACCAACGAAUCGGUUAAACCUCCUCCUUGCGUAAUAUGGGAUCCCAGGAAACCAGCUCAGAAUCCGGUGUACAAUUGUUUGGUAAUUAAACUAUUUUGCCGAACUGGUUAUCACCUUGGUGUUUCGGAAUCGGGUCGUGUUAGAGGGUUGAGUGCUACAAACGAACCACACGGCUUGCUUCAUAUCAUACCGGUUUCUUUCGGCGUGAUUCGAAUACAAAGUAUCAAGACUAGUCUGUAUCUGGCUUUCAACAAGAAAGGACGCUUAUACGGGGAACCAAAUGCAAAUAAGGAGACCACAGAAUGGGAACAAUGGAACAUUGGUUCCUAUGAUGCUUUUCGCUCAAAAAAGUACGCUAAUUAUGGAUGGUGGAUAGGGAUAAAGAAGAAUGGGCGAGCAAAACCAGGAUCAAAAACACGAUGGGGACAGAAAGCGAUACAAUUUUUAGCAAUACGACAAGAAUAAUUCGUGUGAAUUAUAUUUUAUAUGCUCUCAUUAAUUAAUCAUUGAAUCAAAUUAACAGAUAGAUUACAGAUACAGGAUCUUUCUAAAACAACAAUCGAUACAACAAAUUAAAAAUUUUAUUUAAAAAAACAUAAAACAUUAAAGAUUUUAUAAAGAA